AAUAAGUUGGAGCUAAAAACCACUUGCUACUUUUCCCCAAUUACCCUGGUAAGAGAGAACCUGCUAAUUGUUUUUUUAUUCCACAAUUAGGAUAAAGCUUAAAAAUGCAAAUAUCCUGGGAAGAAGAAGCAGACAAACCAGUUUUGGCCAAGGCAUAAAUGCCCAAGAGACAGUGGAAAGUUGACACUGGAGUCAGGAAGAGUUCAUCCCUGCUUCUGACACUUACUACUUGUAUAUCUAUGGACAAAUUUCAUUAUGUGUCCACCAGACGUUCAGUCACACAGAACCCUCCAGAGCCAGCUGGCUGCCAUCCUCACCAUCACCUCCACCACCACCACCGCCACUACCAACAACAACAACAACACCACCACAACCACCACUGCCAUCUCUCCCUCCCUCACCACCUUUACCAUCAGGAGGCACCACUCCCCCCCUGCAUCUGCCCUUUAUUUUCCUGCCAAUGGGAGGGCCAGCUGGAGGUGGUACUGUCCCACCUGAGGAAAAGCCACAGAAUUGAUAUCCUCCAGGGAGCAGAGAUCGUCUUCCUGGCCACAGACAUGAACCUCCCAGCACCAGCUGAUUGGAUCAUCUUGCAUUCCUGCUUGGGUCACCACUUCCUACUGGUUCUGAGGAAGCAAGAGAAGUACAAGGGCCACCCACAGUUUUUCGCCACCAUAAUGCUGAUUGGGACCCCAACUCAGGCUGACUGCUUCACCUAUCGCCUGGAACUCAACAGGAACCAAAGGCGCCUCAAGUGGGAGGCGACCCCCCGAUCGGUCCUGGAGUGUGUGGACUCCAUCAUCACUGAUGGUGACUGCCUGGUAUUAAACACCUCCCUGGCCCAACUCUUCUCUGACAAUGGCAGUCUGGCAAUUGGGAUUGCAAUCUCAGCAAGCAAGGUCCAUACCCCUGAAGCUGAGACCUAAGGGACAGGGGCACGGGCACACAACUACCGCCUCCAAGAACAACAAACCAUUGGCCGUAUCUCCAUGGUUUCUGGACGUCAAGACUCUAGACUUUCUUCUUCUUUUUUUGAUCUCAGGUCUUUUGUGGUAUUUAGUAUUUGUCUGCCAUGGGCAUUAUGUUAUGUAUACAUCCUGUGAUUUAAGAUCUCAAUGUAAUAUAUUUCCUAUUUCAUUGAUACAAUUUUAUGUAGUAUUUUAAAGAUAGUUAUCCAAUCAGAAUGGUUAUUUCUAUUCAACAUGACACUUCAUACACACCCAUGCACACCCAGUAUCACCAACACACACACAUGCAUACAGGUACGAUUGAACAAAACUAAUUAAGUUUAUGAAACUACUCGUGUAUGAUUGGACAAAAUCCAGUAAGUCUAUCCUCCUGACUUCAGGGGUGGUGCUCUAUCCACUGUACACCUAGCUGCCCCAAUUCUCAUAGAUUUCUUCAUUUUAAGGGACAAUGUUAUUCAUUUGCUAGACCAUAGGCUUUUGAAGUAAAGGACCUGGGUUGAACUCCUAGUUCUCAUUCAUUAUCCCUGUUUAAAUUUGGUGUUCCUUUUUCUCAGAGGAUCAUGGGGAUUCACAUUUGGAGGGGACUGGGGAGAUAAUCUUAUCCAAGCCCCUAAAUCUAUUUAAAAUGUUUACCAAAUGAACUUUAUGAAUGAGGAGACAAAUUUAGAGAAUUAAAGGUCACACAGAUAAUAAGUAGCAAAGUUGGACCCUGGUCCCAAAUUUUCUGACUCACCAUCCAGUUCUUUUCCCAAUACAAGAAACUGAUAGCAAGUCUUGUCUUCUCUUGAAUCAGACUCAAAAUCACCUGUCUUUUUUGGAUUUUCUCCUGAGUUAUCUUGUCUUGUAAUUUUUAAGAAUUCACUAUGACAUAAAAUGUGAGAGAGGGAAAGAAAGGCAGAAAAAGCCAAAAAGAAAGUAAAGCAAACAUUUCUCUCUGAAAUGGAGUUAUUUCCCCAGAUAUUCUGCUUCAUAAUAUAGUUUAUGAAGCUUGUCAGUCCCUUCACCUAGUUCUUACAACCUAUAGCUCUAUAAUGACAUUGAAUACAGAUUCCAUGGCAUAAAUGAGAGAGAACUUAUAUUCAAACUGAAAGGUCCUGUGUUUUGUCUUCAUCAGAUAAAUGAAUAGUUCUCUUCCUAGAUAGUCCUUCAUAUAUUUGAAUUCAACACAGUAUGGCAGAUAUUAAUUCACAAGGGAAUAGGAGAGUAUACAGAAAUGAAGAAGACCAGAUUCCAGCCCUAGAAGAGCUCACAACUUCCCAAGAGAUUUUUCUCACCUAUAUCAUAUAUUCUAAAACAUUCCAUGGACACCACCAGUUAUAAUCACUGAAAAUACAAACAUCAUUGGCACUCGUGAAUCUGUGGAUUGGUGCUGAAUAUUAUACAAGGCAACUUAGAUGAAAUUAGAAGCUACCCUUCAAGAGUUUAGGAUUAAGUCAUAGAAGAGAUUAGGAAGAAACAUCAAUUAUUCAUUUGAUCCAGCCUUAAGGCCAUGGAAUGAGAAACAUUUAGGAUAUGUGAUCAUCUAUUUUCUAGGGACAAAUGCCAUGAGCCCCAUCUAUAGCCCAUUCUAAUGCUUUGUUAUCUUGAAGAUCAAUCAUAUCAAUACUCACCCCAAAUAUUUCCUUGAUGUCACUUAAGCCUGUUUCAUUUGUCUUCUAUGGACAUAUAAAUCAGUGGUGGGGGUGUAAGACAUCAUCCUUAUUCAUAAAUAAAAAUUUAUUAAGCUUACUAUAUGCUAAAUACUGAGGAUAGGAAAGUAUUUGCUACCCUCAAGGAGCUUAUAGAUCAUCAGGGGAAACAACAUGUAUAUAUAUAUAUCUAUAUAUCUAUAAACAUAUGCAAAAUAAAUAAAAGGUCUUUCUUUGGGAGGGAGAAGCCCUUCUUACAUUUGGAUUUGAUUAACAAAUAUUUAUUAAGAUUCAAAUACGUGCAGCAAAGUUUGUGGACUGCUAUGGGGAUAUGGGUAAGACAUGGGUGCCUGGUAGAGGAGAUGACAGACAUAAAAAUUAUUACAAAAAAAGAUAAUUAUUUUUAAUUUUAUGGAAAAGCUAUAAACAAAGAGCUAUGGAAGCAUAGCAGAGGGAGAGAUUACAUUUAAAUGUCAGGACCAAGGAAGGCUUCAUGGAAGAGACAGCAUUUCAAUUUAAUCCAUGGAAUUUCACGGUUGAAAGAAACCCAUGAAAUUAUGUAGUAUAACUCAUCCUAAAAAAGGAUUCUCUUUACAACAUUCCAACAAGUAUUCUUGGAGAGUAGGUUAGAUUUUAACAUAUUGAGAUUCAAGGCAGCUUAGAAACUUUGACAUUGCAGAACCUCUUUGGGGAAUAGUGAGCAGUCCUAUUUAUCUAGAGCAGCAAUCCUCAAACUUUUUGAAUUCAAAUUUUCUUUACAGUUUAAAAAAUUAUUGAAGAAUGCCCCCCC